AAAGAAACUGAUGGAGAUAAUGCAAUGCAUUAAUUUAAUUUUGUUGUAACGAUUAGUUCUUGGAUGUGGUUUCUUGUUGUAAGUGUUGUAGUCUCUAAGUUCAGCAACUGCUGACAUUUACAUUUUUUGGUGGAUGCUAAAAAUAUGUUCUAAAUACCUGAGAAAUGUUGGAGCUACUGCAGAAACCGAUGGUGGAGAAGCAGAAACCGAUCGUGGUGAAACAGAAACUGAUGAUGGAGAAGCAGAAACCGAUGAUGGAGAAGCAGAAACGGAUGGUGGAGAAGCAGAAACCGAUCGUGGUGAAGCAGAAACCCAUGGUGGAGAAGCAGAAACCGAUCGUGGUGAAGCAGAAACCUAUGCUGGAGAAGCAGAAACCGAUCGUGGUGAAACAAAAACCGAUGGUUGAGAAGCAGAAACCGAUGGUGGAGAAGCAGAAACCGAUCGUGGUGAAGAAGAAACAUUCAAUAUUUAUUGAAAUUUUGGCUGAUUGAAUAUAACAUUUUUGUUACAAAUAAUUGGAGAAAUCAUGUCAGGAUAGUAUCAUUGUGAUAGGAGAGCUGGGAAAGCAGCCACGGAAAAAAAAAUCCAGUUUCUGAGUACUACAUUUGUCAAACCCAUCAUUUAUAGAAGUUCUCUGGAAAUCUUCAAAAGUCACUUGAGCCAUUUCCUAAGGCUUGGCUCUUUUAGAACUGGAGGCGAGCUAUAACGCGCAUUAUGCUAACCUCAUAAAGCGCUCGUUCAGCUGGUUGUGUUAUAGAAUGAAUUUCUCUGGAAAAGGACUGCGCUGUAAUUGUUGUGCUCUGGCUCCCUGCAGGCUGACUGAGUGCUUCACUGAGGAUUUACAGAUAUUGACUCCCAGUGCCGGGGAGGGACUCUGCCAAGUUGAUGUAGUUUUAAAUACACAUGCAGGGACAGUGAGGGUGCGCGUCUGGGAGACAGAGAUUACAGAGAAGAUGGAGAGGGAAAUGGACUUUCUGCUCUUGCAGCUGCGUUGCUUUUCAUUUCUCUCUUUAAAAAAAAUUUUUUUUUAGCUUUAAUAAAUCAUGUAGUCUCUGUUUUGCUGCUGAUCACUGUCAGAUAUCCGUCUUUGCGGCUGCACCGUUCUCUUUUGGGUUUUCUCAGGUCCUAAAUGUCUUUCCGGACAGGACCAAAGUGUCUCUGAGAUCACGUCUUCAUUCGAAGGUGUUGCUUUCUUUUCACCGAGCGUUAAAAUAGAUUUUUGUCUCAUCAUUCAGAAUGUAUUUUCACACACGUUCCCACAGUUUCGCAACAUUCAGCCACCUGGGAUUGUCGAAGCUUGCAGAUUUUUUGAUGGCGCAUCGCCGUCUUGCUUCUGCAGCACUGACAUAAAUAAAUAAACAGGAGGUCUGUGUGUGUGUGUGUUUGUC